AUGGCCGAACCUUCCAUUACAGCGCGAUCAUUGACCCCGGAUGCCGUGCGCUCCGCCUACGCCUUGAUCCAGCCGUACGUCCACCGCACCCCUCUCCUCACCUGUCAAACCCUCAACACCAUCGCCUCAGCCCCUCAAUCAGCCGAGUCAUUGGUCGGAACGCCCUUCGAAGGCCAGGCGCCUGCAAAUCCCAAGUUCCGAUUCUUUUUCAAAUGCGAGAAUUACCAGCGGAUCGGCGCCUUCAAGGCCCGCGGUGCGUUUCACGCUUUGCUGCGACUCCUCGCAGAGCGGGGUGAGGAGGAGGUCAAGAGACGCGGCGUGAUUACGCAUAGUUCGGGAAACCAUGCUCAGGCCCUCGCCCUCGCAGCCUCCACCCUCCACGUCCCCGCCUACAUCGUCAUGCCCCGCAUCAGCACCCCGUCGAAGAUAGCAGGGACACGCUCGCAUGGCGCAGAAGUCACCCUUAGCGGCUCGACGAGCACCGAGCGCGAAGCUGUCGUGGCGGAGAUCCAGGCCAAGACGGAUGCGAUCCUCAUCCCGCCGUAUGAUCACUUAGACAUUAUCUGCGGCCAGGGCACGACCGCCUUGGAGAUGGAAGAGCAAUACCGCGCGCUUGUCUCCGACAAGCCGCAUCUAAGCGCUCACGCCAGCGGGCCCGACCUCGAUGCGGUGAUCACACCCGUUGGGGGCGGGGGGCUGAACGCUGGUGUUGCGACGUUCUUCUCCGGGAAACCUACGCGCGUGUUUGGCGCGGAGCCCAGCUUCGAAGGCGCGGACGAUUGUCGCCGGGGACUGGACGCGGGUCAGCGCGUGGAUUCCGUCAAGACUCUUACCAUUGCCGAUGGGCUGCGCACCCCGGUGGGGAUCUUGAACUGGGAGGUCAUCUCGGACCGGACUAAGGUUGCCGGUGUGUUUUCUGUGACUGAGGACCAGAUCAAGGCUGCGAUGCGGCUUGUCUUGGAGCGCAUGAAGGUGGUUGUUGAGCCUAGUGCGGUCGUCGGGCUCGCAGUUUGCUUGUUCAAUGAGGAGUUUAGACGACUCGUCGAGAAGGAGGCUGGUCCGGAUGGAUGGGACGUGGGUAUUGUGUUCAGCGGGGGUAACACUACCGUCGAGGCAAUUGGGAAGUUAUUCGGCUGA